AUGGCAUACUCGUCGAAUGAAUCCGCAGAAGAAGAAUAUGGAGGCUUCACUCUCUACUCUGGCGGCCCAACAGACACUCCAUCUCCACAACCAUCCACAUCCCUCCAACAAAACCUCAUAUACGACCAACACAACAACAUCAACAACAUACACCCAAACAUCCCAACAUCAGGCGUAGGCCUCGCAACAAUCGUGACCCGAUCAUCACGUACGCGAAACGGCGGCCACCAUAAUACAACCUCCACCAUCCAACAACACCACACAUCAAACGGCACAUCAUCAUCCUCCUCGUCAAUCACAAAAGAACACCGUGAAACACGCCAAAAAAACAAUCACAAUGUCAACGAACUUGAUUCCAAGGACGCGAAAUCACCUGUUGGGAGUGAAGAAUGGGUUGCACAACGACGACAGAAUCAUAAAGAGGUUGAGAGAAGGCGUAGGGAAGCAAUCAAUGAUGGGAUUAACGAGUUGGCGAAAUUGGUGCCUGAGGGUGAAAAGAAUAAGGGGAGGAUAUUGCAGAGGGCUGUUACGUAUAUUCAAGAGUUGCGGGAUAAUGAGGGCGCGAAUAUCGAGAAGUGGACUAUGGAAAAGUUGGUUUGUGAACAAGCAAUACAAGAACUGUCUGAUCGAAAUGUGGCACUACAAGAAGAGAAUGAACGAUUACGGGCUCACAUUCAGGAAUUGCAUGCUGCCAUGACUGGAGUUGGACAGCAGCAGCAGCAGCAACAACAGCUUCAGUUGCAUCAACAACAGCAAGGAGAUGACGAUGAUCUCAAGAUAUUAAAGAGGAUUCGUCGAUGA